AACUACAUGACUGUCUGCAGGGCUUCGGUGCGCACUGGAGAGCGCAGCGCCUCCUGCGUCUCUCCCUGGCACAACACUUGGCUGUGAAAACAUCCGUGCAUCUCUCCAAUCGCAGCGGAGCUGCUGCUGCGACUGCCUCCGACGAUAACACCGUCCCGUGUAGAGGGCGACUGACAGACUGCUCGCCGGUAAAGGUAUGGAUAAACGGACCCUGAGCGCCGCAUUCCCCAAAUGGCGGUGUGAGUGAGGAUGCGACUCCCCAGUUCCAUCUUUGUGUCGGUGUCUCUGUUCACGGCCGAGACCACGGCAGCGCUCUACCUCAGCUCCACGUACCGCUCCGCCGGAGACCAAAUCUGGCAGGGGCUCACGCUCCUCUUCACGCUCGUACCGUCCGUGCUCGUGCAGCUGACCCUCACCUUCAUCCAUCGGGACCUGAGCAGGGACAGACCUCUCAUUCUGCUGCUGCAUAUCCUGCAGCUCGGACCCAUCGUCAGGUGUUUGGAGGCGUUUUGUAUCUAUGGCAGUGUGGGCCGAGUGGAGGAGCCUUAUGUCAGCAUCACCAGGAAGAAGCAGAUGCCCCGCGGGGGUCAGUCUGAGGAGGUGGAGCGGCAGGUGGGGCAGGCGGAGGGGAAACUGUUUACACACCGAGCAGCCUUCGCCCGCACCUCUGUCAUUCAGGCCUUCCUGGGAUCGGCACCCCAGCUCACCCUGCAGCUCUACAUCUGCGUCCUGCAGCAGGGGGUGUCCAUCGGUAGAGGCACUCUGAUGGUGAUCUCCCUCCUGUCCAUUGUGUAUGGAGCUCUGCGCUGCAACAUCCUGGCCAUUAAGAUCAAAUAUGACGACUAUGAAGUGGACGUCCGGCCCAUGGCUUAUCUGUGCAUUUUCCUGUGGAGGAGCUUUGAGAUUGCCACCCGCGUGGUGGUCCUGGUUCUGUUCAGCUCCGUGCUGCAGUUCUGGGUCCUGCCCGUGGUUCUGCUGAAUUUCCUCAUUUUCUUCCUCUACCCCUGGAUCCUUUUCUGGCAGAGCCACUCACCGUUCCCUGAGAAUAUAGAAAAAACUCUGACCCGGGUGGGAACCACCAUCGUGCUUUGCAUGCUCACCUUCCUCUAUGCGGGCAUCAACAUGUUCUGCUGGUCAGCCGUGCAGGUGAAACUCAAUGACCCAGACCUCAUCAAUAAGUCCCAGAACUGGUAUCGCAUGGCUGUGUACUACAUGUUACGUUUUGUGGAGAACGCCUCGCUGCUCCUGCUGUGGUACAUCUAUAAAACGGACUUCUACAAGUUCAUCUGUGCACCUCUGCUGGUGCUGCAGCUGCUAGUUGCCUACGCCAUCGCCAUCUUCUUUAUGCUGGUCUUCUACCAGUUCUGCCACCCGUGUCGGAGGCUCUUCUCAUCCAGCAUGACCCAGGGCCUCUGGAAUUGCUCGUCUCUUCUCUGUCUGAUGUGCAACUCUACUUCUCCACAGAACAGGCCGAUGGGAAAGGCCGUCCUGGAGCCACCGAGCCCCUCCGCGUACAAAGAGGCCUCCAAUGACCGAGCCCAUGACACAGCCAGUGACACCACAGACGACAUGCCUAACGACACAACGUAUGACAUGCUCAACGACACAAUCUAUGACAUUCCUAAUGAAAUAGGCAAUAAUACAGGAGGUGGAAUCAAUGGCGACAUUAGCCAGAGUGUAUCCUGCAGUGCUUAAAGCAUCACAAUUAACUGCUUGAUGUGCCAUUCAGAGGAGCCACUCUGACACCUACCAUACCCCCUGUAACCUCUUAAGUGCCACAUGGAUCCCUCUGUGAGUUGAGUUUACAUUUUAAGUCUCACACAGUAUAUACAUCUCAACUCUGUUUGCUACCAUAAGCCUGUUACUCCUAUGUGAAGCAAACAUGGUCUUAACUAGAGGUCAGUCCCGGCUGCAGACACACACAGUGUCCACUCAUGUUAAUCAGAGGACACUGCAGAGGUGGUGCUCACCCACCUCAUCAACCACCACCCUGACCUGUCAUCCUGUAGCCUUUAAUACAAAUAAAAAUCCAUGCCAUGGACACCAGGAUUGCUUUUUUUUUUUUUUUUUUUUUUUUUUUUAGGUUUAGAGACUUUGUCCACUGAUAUGCUGCAUUACUGAUCACAAGGAGCCAUGCAACUGAAUUGAUUGUAUUUAGUAUUUCUCUCUGGCAUGGAGGUGUGCAUGUGUGGAGCCUCAAAUGAGGCGUAACUAUUAUUCUCCUUGGGGGGGGGGGUGAGUGUUUGUACAGUUUUUUUUUCUGAACCUCCUGCUAGUUUUACGGCUGCAAGCAAUCAGCUUUUUUACUCCUCAAUAAGAGCUUUAUCAUUAUACUACGCACUGCUUCUGUGGUGUAUUUGUGCUUGUCGAUGAGGCGUGAACCUCCACACGUUGUUAAAGAACCCGUCCGAUCACCAAACACGUUACUGUAAAGCACGCACAUCUCAGAGCAUAAUGUUUUUGCACGUUUACAAAAAGCAUUGAAGUGGCUUCGCUGAGCAGCAAACCGCUGUCGUGAUGUGAAAUGCUUUUGUUUGGAUGUAUUUGCGUUAUUCAAAUUCAUGCCUGUUACGUCUCUCAGCUCUGUGUUUGUAUGUCUCAUCAGUUAGACUAUUUAUACCGAGUGCACACGAAUUGAUAUCUCAUUGAGAAAUGUUUGGAAAUUAACUAGUAUUUUUGCUUUUUUAAAAAAAAAAAAAAACUUUAAUGUAUAAUUGUGUGUAUGUGUGCAAGGGAAUGUCAGUGUUUGUUUUUUGCACAAACUCCUUUUUGCAAUGUAUCUGCAGAGGGAUGGCAACCUUGGAAAUCACAUGAAUGCUCCUGGUAUUUAAAUAAGACAAGCAGCCUCUGAAGCCAAAAAAAUAUGAAAAACCUAUAGUACACAUCAAACCUUCUCAUACAUAACAAGAUAAAAUGCAUUUAAAACAUGAAAUCCUAAUUAAAAAAUGAAAAUAAAUUUAUAUUUAUAUGUGAAAAUUGUGUGUAUCCUUUUCUUUUUAGCUGUGGAACACUUGUUCCCUAUGAUGCUAUGCUAACCUCUAGUGGGUGAAAGCCCAAACUGCGCCUGCUUAACAAAUCCCUAUUUGUUGAAUACUUGAUGACUCCACUGUUCACGUUCAGACAAAUUAAUGAUACA